AUGAACCCUGAAUAUGACUAUCUCUUCAAGCUCCUCCUCAUCGGAGACUCCGGUGUUGGAAAGUCUUGUCUUCUCCUGCGAUUCGCUGAUGACACCUACACCGAGUCCUACAUCUCUACCAUCGGUGUCGAUUUCAAAAUCCGAACAAUAGAGCUCGAUGGCAAGACCGUCAAGCUUCAGAUCUGGGAUACCGCUGGUCAAGAGCGUUUCCGCACCAUCACCUCUUCAUACUACCGUGGUGCCCACGGCAUCUGCGUCGUCUACGAUGUUACCGACAUGGACUCAUUCAACAACGUCAAGCAAUGGCUCCAGGAGAUUGACCGAUAUGCCACUGAGGGUGUCAACAAGCUGCUGGUCGGCAACAAGAGCGAUAUGUCAGACAAGAAGGUCGUUGAGUACAGCGUAGCCAAGGAAUUCGCCGACAGCCUGGGAAUUCCUUUCCUUGAGACUUCCGCCAAGAACGCCAGCAACGUCGAGCAGGCUUUCUUGACCAUGGCCCGCCAGAUCAAGGAGCGCAUGGGCACCACAACAGCCAACAACACCAAGCCCAGCGUGCAAGUUGGCCAGGGCCAGGGCGUUGGAUCGUCCUCCAACAACAGCUGCUGCUAA